ACUGCUAGUACGUAUUCUUCGUAUUUCUACUGCUGUAACUAUUUACACAAACACUGACAGAGGAGGAGGCCGAGAUCUGGUGGAAUCGGCCCUUCUCUUUCCAUGGCGUCGCCGCGCAUCCUCCCUUCCUCCCCGCUCCAAAAGCUUGCCACCUUCAAGGACCGCCCGGCCCCCACCGCCGCCGCCUCUCCCCGACCGCCACCCGCCCCCGACGCCUCCUCCUCCCCUCUCGACGCCUUCGCCUCCGACCCCGUCUUCUCCGCCUUCCUGUCCCCCGACUUCGACUCCGCCCGCUUCUCCUCCCAGGCCCUCAGCUCCGGCUCCGCCGCCGCCCUUGCCGAGUCCCUCCAGGACGCCGUCCACCUCCUUCAGGGUCACCUCCGAUCCGAGGUCCUCGCCCGCCACCCCGCCCUCCUCUCCCAGCUCGCCUCCCUCCGCUCCGCCGAGUCCUCCCUCGCCGCCGUCCGCUCCGGCGUCGACGCGCUCCAGUCCUCCCUACGCCGCGCCCGCCAAGAUCUCGCCGAGCCUCGCCGUGUCGUCCGCACCCACACCCUCCAGCUCUCCAACCUCCACGCCGCCGCCGACCUCCUUGCAUCUGCCGCCCGCCUCUUACGCCUCUCCCGCAGGCUCCGCGAUCUCGUCGCUGUGGGGCCUCCCGAUCGCCUUGACCUCGCCAAGGCUGCGGAGAUGCACCGUGAGAUCGAGCUCCUCUACCAGGAGCGCGGCCUCUCUGGGAUCUCCGUCGUCGAGGAGGAGAUCCGUUGGCUCUCGGAGACCGGGAACCGGCUGCGUGCCGAGGCGAUGAAGGCCGUCGAACGGGGCAUGGAUGAGUCCAACCAGAACGACAUCUGGUGCGGCCUCCAGGUGUUCUACAACCUUGGCGAGCUCAGAUCCGCUGUCGACACCCUCGUCAGCAAGUACAAGGGGGUGGGUGUCAAGAGCGUUGGCGUGGCGCUUGACAUGAAGACGAUCUCGACAUCAUCAGGGGGUUUUGGACCCGGCGGGGUGCAGAGGAGCGGGACACCGCAGAUUGGGGCAGGGAAAAGGGCUGCGGAGGCUCUGUGGGAGCGGAUGGGAAGGUGCAUGGACGAGCUUCACAGGGUUGUGACGGCGGUGUGGCAACUUCAGACCGUGCUAUCGAAGAAGAGGGUGCCAUUCACGCAGGUCCUCUUCCUCCAUGAGGUCUGGCAGGAGGGUGAUCCUCUAUUAACAGAUCGGGUCUGGGAAGCACUUGUCAAAGCUUUUGCAAGCCAAAUGAAAUCUGCUUUCACAGCAUCUAGUUUUGUCAAAGAGGCAUUUACACAUGGGUAUCCGAAGUUGUUCUCUAUGAUUGAGAAUCUUCUUGAAAGAAUCUCAAGAGAUACUGAUGUUAAGGGGGUUCUACCAGCUCUCAACCCUGAAGGGAAGGAACAACUGGUUGCUACCAUUAACAUAUUCCAGACAUCAUUUCUAGCUCUAUGCUUAAGUCGUCUCUCAGAUAGUGUAAAUAGCAUAUUCCCUGUGUCUAGCCGUGGAAGUAUUCCCUCCAAGGACCAGAUCUCUAGAAUUGUAUUGCGUAUCCAAGAAGAGAUUGAAGUUGUGAGAAUGCAUGGGCACCUUAUGCUUCUUGUUUUACAUGAAAUUGGCAAAGUUCUGCUCUUGUUAGCUGAGAGAGCUGAAUACCAGAUAUCCACUGGUCCUGAAGCUCGCCAGGUUAUGGGUCCUGCAACUGCAGCCCAAAUCAAGAAUUUUUCCCUUUGCCAGCAUCUGCAGGAGAUCCAUGCACGCAUUACAAGCACUACAUCUUCACUUCCAACCAUAGCCUCAGAUGUCCUGUCACCUUCGCUUGGUGUCAUCUAUGGAGUUGCAUGUGACUCAGUAACCUCAUUAUUCCAAGCGAUGCUUGAUCGCCUGGAAUCUUGCAUCCUGCAAAUCCAUGAUCAAGACUAUGGAGCUGAGGGGAUGGAUGUGUCCAUGGAUAACAAUGCCUCUAAUUACAUGGAUGAGUUGCAGAAAUGCACACUUCAUUUCCGGAAUGAGUUCCUGUCCAAACUUCUGCCUUCUUCUGCUGCUCGUUCUGAGACUAUAUGCACCAUGCUAGUUCGCAGGAUGGCUUCUCGAGUCCUAAUAUUCUUCAUCCGACAUGCUUCUCUGGUGAGGCCUCUUUCUGAGUCAGGCAAGCUGAGGUUGGCAAGGGAUAUGGCAGAGCUUGAGCUCGCUGUUGGCCAGAACUUGUUUCCUGUUGAGCAGCUCGGUGCACCAUAUCGAGCACUUCGUGCUUUCCGGCCUGUCAUCUUUCUGGAGACAGCUCAGCUUGGAGGGUCUUCACUUCUCAAGGAUCUGCCACCAAGUGUGGUACUCCACCACUUGUAUUCUCGAGGCCCUGAUGAGUUGCAUUCACCAUUGCAGAGGAAUAAGCUUACACCUCUUCAGUACUCUCUCUGGCUUGAUUCACAAGGUGAGGAUCAGAUUUGGAAAGGAAUUAAAGCAACCCUUGAUGAUUAUGAGAUAAAGGCCAGAGCUCGAGGAGACAAGGAAUUUAGUCCCGUGUAUCUGCUGAUGCUUCAGAUUGGUUCAUCUUUGACUGAGAACACUUAGUUUCAAUAGUGAGAUUUGAUAUGAUUUUCCAUGAAGUUGUUAUGAUAGAGGCAUACCCAUAAACAUUUUUCUUUGAUUUUGAAAUGUUUUGUCUGCCCAUUUCCUACAUGGAUCGCCAUCAUAGUGGCUCAGUUCUGGUAGUUGGCAAGAAAUUUCAAUGUAAAUGAAAAUUUCUGGACCUUUGCUUUUAUAUAUAGGUUUUACAUGGUCUUAAUUCCAUGUUAAGGUUUCUUCAGAA